UCCUUUAAUUUCAAUUAUCAUAGUAACUAAGCUUGGCUACAAAAGAAAAAUGGGUUCCAAGGCAUUUCUGUUUCUUGGCCUUUGUUUGGCUAUUUUUGUAAUGAUAAGCUCUGAGGUUUUAGCUAGGGAGUUGGCUGAGACUUCCACCACUACAAAAGAGGACUCAAAGAAAUCUGAUAACAAGAAUGAAGUGCGUGAAGAUCAACUUGGUGGCGGAUACCCCGGUGGUGGCUACCCCGGCGGUGGUUACCCUGGCGGUGGAUACCCAGGUGGUGGCUACCCUGGCGGUGGAUACCCAGGUGGUGGCUACCCCGGCGGUGGAUACCCUGGCGGCGGAUACCCAGGCCGCGGAUACCCCGGUGGUGGCCGUGGACGUGGAUACCCAGGAGGUGGCCGCGGUGGUGGUGGACGUGGAGGAUACUGCCGCUAUGGUUGUUGCGGUCGCCGCAAUUACUACGGCUGCAGCAGGUGUUGCUACUACAAAGGUGAGGCCAUGGAUAAAGUGACUGAAGGGAAGCCUCAACACUGAUCAUCGUGUAAGAUAUAAAACCUUUGUAAUGGUAAAGUUGUAAUAGUAAUUCUCUUUCUACUUUAAAACUUGUUGUGUUAUGUAUGAAUAAAAGACAUUAUGUAAUUAUGUUUGGUACACAAUGGCGUUAUAAUAUA